AAACUUUUUGAACUCUUUCUGCUGUCGAAGUGUCGAAGGUUUUGUUUUCCGUUUGGGUGCUUCUCGUUCUCUGGCGAGCCCCGCCCGAGCCACUGCUCCCCGGCUCCCUCCGGCUUCCCCGGAGCCGAUCGGAGCGACGCGGCGCGGCGCUGGAGGGAACCGAGCAGCUAACCCCGGGGAUUCCGGGCAAAGCAGCUGCCUCAAGACAGAGCGGGGCAAGUCAGGGACGAGUGACGGAGCAGAGUUUUUAAAAGUCCAACUUAAUUAAGUGAUACAAGCAUUCAGAGGGACUGCUGGCACCACAGAGUGUGUGUUUCCAAAGGAUCCCGGAAUCAAAGUUAACUGGGUCAAAUUUGGAACAUGGGAGGGUCUGCCAGUCACCUCUCAAAGGAGCAACUUUCUGAAUAUCAGGAACUGACAUUUUUAACAAAGCAAGACAUUCUGCAUGCUUAUCGAAUAUUCGCGGAGCUGCUUUCAAAAGAUCUGGUUGACUUCCAAAACACACGAGUUUCAAAGGACAGGAUCUGUGAGAUGCCAGAGCUGAAGGCUAACCCCUUCAGAGAGAGAAUCUGUCUGGUGUUCUCAACUGCGAUUGAAAAGGAUGGCAGUAUGUCUUUUGAGGAUUUCUUAGACAUGCUCAGUGCUUUUAGUGAUUCAGCAACGCCCGAGAUCAAGUCGCACUAUGCUUUCAGAAUUUUUGAUUUUGAUGAUGAUGGCACUUUAGAUAAAGAGGAUUUGAAGAAAUUGGUGAAUUGUCUGACAGGAGGCACAUCUGAUACACAACUGACAGAGGCAGAAAUGAACCAGCUGAUUCAAAAUGAACUUUGUGGCAGUGAAAUGCAGGAUGUAGCAAAACAUUCACUGCUUCAAGAAUAUCAGCUGGAAUUUCAAAAGUUAACAAUUUUGGAAGAAUCCGAUAUUGAUAAAGAUGGAACUGUGAACCUCUCAGAAUUUCAGCAUGUCAUCUCCAGGUCGCCUGACUUUGUGAGCUCCUUCAAGAUUGUACUUUAAAGCAAUUGUGGAUCAUUGGAAAGAUCAACGUUCUCCUGAUUCUAGCAACCGAUUGCCUUCAAUGAUUUUUCCCUCAAGGUGGGGUAUGGGAUUAGACAGAGAAAAGAGUACAUUUUUGACAAAGAAUUCAUCUAUCACAACAUCACUUUCUAAAGCUGCAGUUACAGUAUUCAAAGUAAUCAUGUUUCAAAAUGAUUUAUACCAGGGAGAGAAAAUGUUUUAUAUUUUGUGACAAAUGACUGAAACUCACCAUUUUUAAUGUGCAAUAAAAAUAUUUCCAUCCUAA